CGGCCACCAGAGGGCAGCAGAGGCGCCUGGUUGGUUGUGUGAACAACACGAAGAAGAAAUGACCGGGGGGAAACCAUGGCGUGUUCCUUGGACGAGGAUGAGAUCAGCAAUGAUGAUUAUUAUUCUCUGCUAAAUGUCCGGAGAGAGGCCACCCAGGAGGAGCUGAAGGCCGCGUACAGGCGCCUGUGCAUGCUCUAUCACCCAGACAAACACCGAGAUCCUGAGCUAAAGCGACAGGCGGAGCAGCUGUUUAACCUCGUGCAUGAAGCUUAUGAAGUGCUCAGUGACCCACAGGCGCGAGCUAUCUAUGAUAUUUAUGGCAAACGAGGACUUGAUGUCGAAGGAUGGGAGGUGGUGGAGAGGAGGCGAAGCCCUGCAGAGAUCCGGGAGGAGUACGAGCGUCUUCAGAGGGAGCGGGAGGAGAGAAGGCUGCAGCAAAGGACCAACCCAAAGGGGAUGAUCAGCGUGGGCGUGGAUGCCACCGACCUGUUUGACCGCUACGACGAAGACUACGAGGAUGCGGUCGGAGGCGUCCCACACAUUGAAAUCAACAAGAUGCACAUAUCCCAGUCCAUAGAGGCUCCGCUCACUACAAAAGACACGGCCAUCCUGUCCGGUUCCUUGUCCACCCACAACGGGAACGGCGGCGGCUCCAUCAACCUGGCGCUGAGGAGAGUCACGUCAGCGAAGGGGUGGGGGGAGGUGGAGCUCGGAGCGGGAGACACGCACGGACCUCUUUUUGGAAUGAAGAUAUUUCGGAACUUGACGCCUCGAUGCUUCGCGACGGCUCAGUGCGGGCUCCAGUUCUCCUCGCGAGGCGUCCGUCCCGGCGUGACCACGGUGCUGGCUCGCCACUUAGACAAGAACACUAUGGGUUAUCUGCAGUGGCGCUGGGGGGUCCAGUCCUCCAUGAACACCAGCAUAGUGAGGGACACAAAGAGCAGCCACUUCACCUUCGCCGUGCAGCUCGGCAUCCCUCACACGUUCAUGAUGAUGAGCUAUCAGUACAAGUUUCAGGAUGAAGACCAGACCAAGAUCAAGGGCUCCCUCAAAUCGGGCUUCUUUGGGACGGUGGUCGAGUACGGCGCCGAGAGGAAGAUCAGUCGACACAGCGUGGUGGGGGCCACCGUCAGCGUGGGCGUGCCCCAAGGCGUCUCCCUCAAAGUCAAAUUAAACCGUGCCAGUCAGACCUACCUCUUCCCCAUCCACCUCACUGACCAGCUGCUGCCCAGUGCGGUGUUUUACGCCACAGUCGGACCGCUGGUUUUCUACCUCGCCAUCCAGCGGCUCGUUAUCCGGCCCUAUGUGCGUGCCCAGAAGGAACAAAACCUGGAGAAGCAGAGGCAGAGCUCGGCCUCUGACAUCGCCAGGAAAAAGCAGGAGGCGGAGGCUGCUGUUCUGCUCAUGCAGGAGUCUGUACGCAGGAUCAUAGAAGCUGAGGAAUCUAGAAUGGGUCUCAUCAUCCUCAAUGCCUGGUACGGCAAGUUUGUGACAGACAACAGCAGAAAGCACGAGAGGGCAAAGGUCAUCGACGUGACUGUGCCUCUGCAGUGUCUGGUGAAAGACUCCAAACUCAUCUUGACAGAGGCCUCAAAGGCAGGACUCCCGGGUUUCUACGACCCCUGUGUGGGGGAGGAGAAGAGCCUGAAGGUGCUGUAUCAGUUCCGUGGAGUCAUGCAUCAAGUCCUGUCGGGAGACACGGAAGCACUCAGGAUACCAAAGCAGUCUCACAGGAUUGAUGCAGACACAUAAGGGCUCCUCUGCGAUCCAAGGACUCACCUCCAGACUGUUGGACAGAAAAUGGAGAACCCCACGUUUUAGAAACGAGUCUUUGUUCCUCGGAGAACACAAAUGUUCCUGUUUGUCUUUCUGCUCACUAAGUACUGUGGGUGGAGUUUGGGCUGGAGGUGUCAGUCUCCAGGACCCAUGGACAGCAUCGUGGCCUGUUGGUAUGAAGAAAUGGAUGGUUGCCCUUCUGAAUCAGGGUUCUGCUUUACUUGGUAUCCAUUUAUUUUCUGUAUGGUUGUACUGUGUUGUACAACAGCUGCAGUGCCUAUAUGACUGGAGACAUCUCUGUUGAUUUGCCAUAAAAUAUUUCUCCUAAGAUGCUGAAUUAAUACCUUGCAUAUCAUUGUGAUAUUAAAUAUUGAUUCUCAUGGUUAA